AUGUCAACUAUUUUAAGGUAUGCUCGAAGUUUCUUCAAAUUCAACGUUUUCUUGAGCGUUGCUGACAAAACUUGGGAGACAAUGCUCAGAGGCAAAUCCGCGCCCGCUUCAGGGACAUCCAUCAUCUUCGGAAGAAUCAAGAGAUCUGACGAAAAGUGCAAUUGCUCCGAGGAGCCGUCAGACUGUCCUGAAGGACCACGAGGGCCUCCUGGAGAACCAGGAGAGGAUGGAAUCGAUGGACCUGAUGGAAUUCCUGGAGAGCCGGGAGCUCCAGCGUCACUUCGCGAAAGCGAUAUACCUACAGAUGGAACCUGCAUAAAAUGCCCUGCCGGACCAGAAGGUCCUCCAGGACCACCAGGAGAUGAAGGAGAACCAGGAAAUCCGGGAGAUGACGGAGAGCCGGGAACACCGGGUGAUGAUGGAGCCGAUGGUGAGCCUGGUAAACGAGGAAAACCUGGAAAGCCUGGACCGAAGGGUCCACCAGGAACACCAGGACGACCAGGAACUCCAGGAAGAAAGUCGAUUGGUGAACCUGGACCGAAGGGACCGCCAGGACCUCCAGGCGCUGACGGUGACAAGGGACAGGACGGAGAAGAUGGUGUUGAUGGAGCUGAUGGACCUCCAGGAGACGACGGCGAACCUGGAAAAGACGGAACACCUGGAGAACCGGGACCACAAGGAGAGCAAGGAGCUGAAGGACCACCAGGAGGAGAUGCCGCUUAUUGUCCAUGCCCAGAGAGAAGCAUCUCAUUGAAAGAAUUAAAGGAUAAGAAUUGA